AAGCAGAAGCCAGCGUCAUGGCGUGGCACAAGCUAGCCUGCUGCUCCCCGUGACUGUGUGUGUGUGUGUGUGAGAGUGAGUGAGAGAGAGAGAGAGAGAGAGAGAGAGAGAGAGGGAGGGAGAGAGAGAGGGAGGGAGGGAACGUUUGUGUUUUCACACAUUCGGCUCCUGCUGUCGCUCUCAUCGCUGUGUGUGAAGGUGUGUGUGUGAGUGUGUGUGUGUGUACACGCGAGUGUGUGCCAGCCAUCCUCACGAGCAACAUGUUCCGCCGGACGAAAAGCUGCCGGACCAGCAACAGGAAGAGCCUCAUACUGACCAGCACAUCUCCCACUCUGCCCCGGCCCCACUCACCCCUACCAGGACACAUAGGCAGUAGCCCAUUGGACAGUCCUCGUACCUUCUCUCCUAGUGGCCCCGCCCACUUCUCUUUCGCCUCUUCCAGAAGGGCUGAUGGCCGCCGUUGGUCUCUGGCCUCCCUGCCUUCAUCUGGAUAUGGAACCAACACACCCAGCUCCACGUCGUCGAGCUCAUCUCAGGAGCGUCUUCAUCAGCUGCCCUUCCAGCCCACCAUGGACGAGCUGCACUUCCUGUCCAAACACUUCGGCAGCACGGAGAGCAUCACUGAUGACGACGGGCGGCGCUCACCACACAUACGGCCGCGCUCACGCAGCCUCAGUCCGGGACGCUCGCCCUCCUGCUAUGAUAAUGAAAUCGUCAUGAUGAAUCAUGUGUAUAAGGAGAGGUUUCCCAAGGCCACGGCUCAGAUGGAGGAGUGUUUGGCGGAGUUCGCUCACACCUACUCUCCGGAGAACGUGCUGCCGCUGGCCGACGGGGUUAUGAGCUUCAUCCACCAUCAGAUCAUUGAGCUGUCCCGAGACUGCCUGACCAAAUCACUGGAGCGCCUCAUCACCACCGUCUACUUCUACGAGCUGCAGGAGAACCUGGAGAAGCUGCUUCACGAUGCUUAUGAGCGUUCUGAGAGUUCUGAGUUGACCUUUGUGACGGAGCUGGCGAAGAAGCUCUUCCUCAUUAUCUCUCGACCUGCUAGACUUCUGGAGUGUCUGGAGUUUAACCCAGAGGAGUUUUAUCACCUGCUGGAGGCGGCAGAGGACCACGCCAAGGAGGGACACUUGAUGAAGACGGACAUUCCUCGCUACAUUAUCAGCCAGCUAGGCCUGACCAGAGACCCCCUGGAGGAAAUGGUGAUUCUGGACAGUUACGACAGCGAGGGACCACACACGCCUGAGACAGAUGACUCAGCCGAGGGUAAAAUGAAGGCCAUGAAACCACCCUGUGAAUCAGACUUUCAGACAAUCAAGCUCAUCAGCAAUGGAGCAUAUGGGGCGGUAUAUCUGGUCCGGCACAGAGAGACACGGCAGCGUUUUGCCAUGAAGAAGAUCAACAAGCAGAACCUGAUUCUGAGGAAUCAGAUCCAGCAGGCGUUCGUAGAGCGAGACAUCCUGACCUUCGCCGAGAAUCCCUUCGUAGUCAGCAUGUUCUGCUCAUUCGAGACUCGCAGACACCUCUGCAUGGUCAUGGAGUAUGUUGAAGGUGGAGACUGUGCCACCCUGCUGAAGAAUAUUGGAGCGCUGCCCGUGGAAAUGGCUCGUAUGUACUUCGCUGAGACGGUCCUCGCUCUGGAAUAUCUCCAUAACUACGGCAUAGUGCAUCGGGAUCUCAAACCAGACAAUCUGCUGAUCACGUCUAUGGGCCACAUUAAGCUUACAGACUUCGGACUCUCCAAGAUGGGUCUGAUGAGCCUCACCACAAAUCUGUAUGAAGGGCAUAUUGAGAAGGACGCUCGCGAGUUCCUGGACAAGCAGGUGUGCGGUACUCCUGAGUACAUCGCUCCGGAGGUGAUCCUGAGGCAGGGUUAUGGAAAGCCGGUGGACUGGUGGGCCAUGGGCAUCAUCCUGUACGAGUUUCUGGUGGGUUGCGUACCUUUCUUUGGCGACACACCUGAGGAGCUGUUCGGCCAGGUGAUCUCAGAUGAUAUUGCCUGGCCUGAAGGUGAUGAAGCGUUGCCUAGCGACGCCCAGAACCUCAUUUCCACCUUGUUGCAGACCAACCCACUGGUGAGAUUAGGAACAGGCGGGGCGUAUGAAGUGAAACAGCACUCCUUCUUCGCUGAUCUGGACUGGAACAGUUUACUGAGGCAGAAGGCAGAGUUUGUUCCUCAUCUGGAGUCGGAGGAGGACACCAGCUACUUCGACACUCGCUCUGAACGUUAUCGGCACGUGAAUUCGUACGAUGAAGACGACACCAAUGACGAUGAGCCGGUGGAGAUCAGACAGUUCUCCUCGUGCUCUCCACGCUUCAGCAAGGUGUACAGCAGUAUGGAGCACCUGUCUCAGCUGGAGCAGAAGACCCCGGUAGUGACACGGCGGGAACCGAAGGGACGACGCGAGGACAAAAUGGCCAAGAGAGAGAGUCUCGGCAGCUUCAGCAAGAGCUGGAGAACCGGCUCACCUGAGAUGAAACGACUGUCGUGCUCGGAGUCUCUGUAUACAGAAGGAGACUCCAGUCCUCCUCUGGGAGCCCGGCGUCGUUUUUCUGCGCUGAUGGACACGCACCGCUUCGCCUCGCCUCUGGAGACCAACGGAGAGAUCCAGCCACCGCAGAGUGGAGUCAGGAGCAGGGGGUCGUCAUUAGAGGGCGCCACCAUGCCCUCAUCACCUGCUAACGAGCAGAGCACGUCCGUAAGGGAAGGAGCAGCAGUGAGUGCAGAUAAGCCUGGCAGAUCUAGCGAGGUCUCCCCACCACAAGCCAUACCAUCAACAACAGCAGCAGCAGCAGCUUCAGCAGCAUCCGUAGCACCCGUCUCCCGGGAUACCGUUGCCGUGGGCGACUCCCACAGCCAGCGGGCCACCAAUGACCUGGUUCUGCGGCGAGCGCGACACCAGCAGCUGUCUGGAGACGGAGAGAAACGGACCUCGCGACCCGGAAACAAAGUCAUCAAAUCUGCAUCAGCCACGGCACUGUCCGUCAUCAUCCCUGCAGUUGAACAGCAUGCUAGCUCUCCUCUGGCCAGCCCGAUGUCUCCUCGCUCUGUUUCCUCCAACCCCUCAUCCCGGGACUCGUCCCCCAGCCGGGACUACAGCCCUGCCGUCAACGUUCUCCGCUCACCAAUCACCAUCCACCGCUCGGGCAAGAAGUACGGCUUCACCCUGCGCGCCAUCCGGGUCUACAUUGGGGACAGCGACGUUUACAGUGUGCACCACAUUAUCUGGCAUGUAGAAGAGGGCGGUCCAGCCCAGGAGGCGGGACUGUGCGCUGGUGACCUCAUCACACACGUCAACGGAGAGUCUGUGCAUGGAUUGGUCCAUACAGAAGUGGUGGAGCUCAUUCUCAAGAGUGGUAAUAAAGUGACGGUGACGACCACACCCUUCGAAAACACGUCAAUCAAAGUGGGUCCAGCUCGAAGAUCCAGCUACAAGUCCAAGAUGGCCAGACGCAGCAAAAGACCAGUCAAAGAGGGGCAGGAAAAUAAGAAGCGCAGCUCUUUGUUCCGUAAGAUAACCAAGCAGUCGAACUUCCUCCACACGAGCCGCAGCCUGUCGUCCCUGAACCGCUCUCUGUCCUCCAGCGAGAGCCUUCCCGGGUCUCCAACACACAGUCUAUCUGCCCGGUCGCCAACCCAGAGCUACCGCUCCACUCCUGACUCGUCUUACCUCGGUGCCUCCUCUCAAAGCAGCUCUCCAGCUUCCAGCACCCCAAAUUCUCCUGCUGCCUCCCAACACAUGAGACCCAGCUCACUCCAUGGGUUGUCUCCAAAACUGCACCGACAGUACCGCUCAGCUCGUUGCAAAUCUGCUGGAAACAUCCCUCUGUCUCCUCUGGCGCACACUCCAUCCCCCACCCAGUCUUCGCCUCCACCCUUGCCUGGGCACACUGUUGGAAGUUCCAACACCACCCAGACCUUCCCUGCCAAGCUUCAUUCAUCUCCACCUAUUACAAGGCCCAGGCCCAAGAGCGCUGAACCCCCCAGGUCGCCGCUUCUCAAGAGGGUACAGUCUGCAGAGAAGCUUGGAUCACCUCUAACAUCUUCAUCUUCCGGGGAAAAGAAAGGAGGAAUCGGGGCAAUGAGGAAGCACAGUCUGGAAGUGAGUCAUUCGGAUUAUCGUAAGGAAGGGUUCCACUGUGAGCUGGGUCUCCAGAGCUUGUUGGAGACGGAAGGGGAGAAUUUGGCCUCGGCUUCUGCGACUACGCCAUCGCCGACACAACCUACAGUCCCGUCACCCCCAGAAACUGGUGUUUUUAAGCCUGUGCGGAAGCUGGGCAGGCAGGAAUCGCCGCUGAGUAGAGACGCUUUGCUUGCUGGAAGAGAAAGAGAGAAGGAGAUUGAGAAAGAAAAGCUUGCAGAUGCUGGCCGUGGAAGUGACGGGAAAUUGGCAAUAGUCUUGGGGAAGUCGCCUCCUUCCAGUAAGACUCCAGACAGAACUGAGGCUGAGCAAGGAAGCUUGGGCAAGAAAGUCCCUGAGGAUAAAUCAGUAAGUCAGACAAAAUCCUUGUUUGCUAAUGGAACACAGCAAUCACUUCCCACCCCAAAGGAUCUAUCCCCCAGCCCAGUUAGGCUUGAACCUUGUCAACCUAUCGUGACUAGACCUUCACCUGUUUUGCCAGAGUCUAAAUUCAGCGUAAUCCCAGCCAUUCCAUCGCCACUAACUACGACGUCCAUCCCUGCUGCAAGAACUACAGAUCCAAGCCUUCCCUUUGUUGGAGCAGGAAAUGGAAGCCAGGUUUGUGCCACAAAACCUCCAAGCAAGGUUGUUCCCACACAAGCAGCAGCAACGACUAAAACUCAGGCGACCCAAAGUUUGCCAAUAGCAAGUUCUAUUGUCAAGGACUUGCCGGAAAAGAAGACUGAAAAGGAUGCAGGGAUGAAAGAGGCGAAACAAGAGAUGGCAAAGAAUCUUUCCACAGUGAAGUCUAACUUACCAUGUAGUCCUUUACCUGUAAAGACAAGUCCAGGUCUUCUUGGCAGUGUCUCCAUUUCAGAGGUACCUUUAAGUGCCACAGAGGUAUCCAGAACAAGCAAGGGACUCUCGGAAGAGGAAUUCCUAAAGAAGGUCAGUGCAGAAACCCAGACUAGGACUCUAGAUAUCAAAUCAAGAACUGGUUUACCUCCUUCCAAGGGGGUUGUACCACCACAUCCACCCCAGGUUCAGUCUCCUGCUCUGGGCAAACUCCGCCAGGACAAGGGCCUCUCUGCAGUCAAUUGCUACCGAGGAACCUUGGACUGGGAGGACAAGUGUCUCUUGGAGGUUGUCGAGGAACAUUCUCCUUCCCCUACUCCUUCCCCUACUGGAGCCACUCCUAGCCCCUCCAGAUUGCACCCUCUGACAUCUUCUGGCGACAAAGGUGUCUUGCCCAGUGUGGCUAAAACCGUGCAGGGACUUGCCAAAGGAGGCACUCAGGAAGAGGCUAAAGCCAAGGAAGGAAGUAAAUCAGCAGAGGAAACUCGUACCACUGUUCGUGCCCCAGGAAAGACUGAGGCUUCGAGUGGGAGCAAGCAAAGCUCCAAAGUAGCGACUCCGAGCCCGACUAGUGCAGCGCCACACGAAAAGUUCGGCAGCACUAAAAAUGGCUUGUGACCUUUUGGCCAGUUGUGUUUUCCAUUUGACGGAGAUUUUUCUUAGGAUGCAGUGUUUUUCAAGCACUUGAACAUGUAAGGACAUUCCAGCAAGCAAAUGCCAAGGUCAAGCAGGAGUAACGACUGAAGAAAGAGAAGAAAGAGACUAGAGACUAAACAAAGCAAAAGCUCAGAGGUACUUCUUGUAAAGGUGUUAUUUAUUGUAGAUACAGAGGAGUUUGUCAAAACAAAAACGUACGGUAGGUGUAUUGCAGGUACAAAUGCAAGGUGGGAGGUUUGAGAGCAAUGGGAAAAGAGUGAAUGAGUGCAUGUCUUGUGGUGCUUAUGUGACAAAGUGAAAAGGCAAGCGCAAAGUGCUUUAAAACAGAUCAAAUAAUGCUGAAUACUGUGAACACCAAAAUCCAUGUUCCUCCAUUUUCUAACCAGUGUGAGCAACCUCUUUCUUAAGCAAACCACGACAAAAAUCUGUUGAGAAAGAACCUGUUGCGCAAACGAAUUAGCAAACAAACAACACUGCAGCGGUCUUAUUUGGUAUAUAUUUAAAUAUAUGUGAAGGACUCUUUCCUGUCCUGUUCUUGUCUUAUGCUGGAUUUCAUUCAUCAUUUCCCUAAACCUUCUAAAUCAGCAUGAUGUCCACAAGCAACAAGCAACUAGCAGCUAGCAGCUAGCAUCUAGCACUCACGCUGCCUUUGGGUACGCUUUUCAGGCUGACUCAGGGGAGGGAGGCAUACUGUACAGUGGACCAAAAUAUCAGUGAGAUUUUCUGCAUUUUCUGCAAACGCCUAAGCCAGCGGACCAUUGAAGUUGCCAGGAUCAGAAAGUCUCAAAUCAAGAGGGUUUAGCCGUUUUUCUGAAUUAGCCUGUGCUGCAUGGGCGGCUAUAGCCUUCUUAUCAGGUGCUAGCAGGAGGUCUUAGCCUAGCUACCCAGUGACAGCUGCCUCCAUCACGGCUUAGGCAGCGGAGAUAUAAAUGCUGACUCGGGCUGAUUCUUAACACUGUUUGUGGGCUUUAAAUCUGCUACGCUCUACUUGACAGGCGUUUUACCGCUAUAAAGAAAAGAUCCUGAGUCGGUGGCCAUGUUUGGAGGAUGUGUUAGAGUGAAUGAAAAGGAUAGAAUUCAUGGAAAGUCAAGUUAUGCACAAAGUAGAAGUAGAAAGUGUGUGGAAACGUGGGUUUAAAAGUGUUUACCAAGCACAUAAAAAACAGGAACCCUAACAAGACUACGGAGGAGAAAGUAAUCAGCUAAUUUGAUUAUAUUAGGCUUCCUUUUAGCAUAGGCUAAACCCUGGUCCCAGUGGCUCAGUGUUCUGCACAUUUUAUUGGUUUUACUGCUUUAACGCACCCAACUUGACUCAGUAAUGGGGUAAUAAUGAGCUGAUUCGUAGGUUUAGGUGUUUUGGGGGUAACCUUGUGCUGAUCUGAUGCAAAUCACUGAAUUUAAAAUAUCUGACUUAAAAAAUAUAUAUAAUACAAUAAAAUUCAGUAUCACAAAUAUCACAUAAAUGCCAGUAUGUGUUCAAACUAACACUCCAGUAUUCUAGACCUGAUAGAGAGGCAGAAUAUUAGUUCCACAAUUUUAGCAUGAUGUUAUUUAGAUGGUAUGUAAUGAAAUUGAUUAUCACAGAUAUUCAUUAGGAACCUCAACAACUCUCAUUUAUUCUUCCUGGAAACUACCUUUACCUUCUUUUUGAAUAGUAUUGCAAUCUGAUGCUUCUGGUAAAAGUGUAAAAGUGGUAUUAUGCCACUUCAAACACUAAGGGCCCUAUCUACCACUGUGUGCAGGGCGUGUCGUGAUGCUAAUUGCUAUCUUACACCUGUCCAAAAGUCUAUUUUCAUGGCGUAUUGCUAUCUUGGCAACGAAAAACACAGGUGCCCCACUGACUGAAAACAACCUAGACAUACAUCAACAGUCAGACGUUCAUUGUUAUCUUGGCAACGCACCUGGCUCUUAAAGGGAAUGGCAAGUGACAUGCUAAGUGGUCUAUUGAACAUUACAUACAAAACACACCCAUGAUUAAUUAAGAGAAGUAGUGCAUGCCUUUUGUGCUUUUUUUGAGCUGGGCAAGGUGUACUUUUCAAGCUGCACAGUGCACAGUUGAUGGCUCACCUAUAGAUCACUAAAAUUGAGCCCUAAAAUGUGCAGAACAGUGGGCCUUCAGGACCAGAGUUGAGAAAUAUUGGGAAAAACCACCUUAAACCACCUUAAAUCGAAUUCCUGUAUCAGUAUAGCACUAAACAUUUCAGUACAUUGAUCUUGUAUGUUAACAGAUGUGUUUACUUGUGUUUCCUUACUGUUUCCUUCUUUAAUAUGAUGUCAUAAUGGAGCAGAGACAAACGCUAACUAGGCAGUACAAGCCUUGUGUUCUUGGCAAGGAAAACAUAUAAAAUAAAAAGUAUAUUCAUAGCUUUUAGAUCUGUAUAUAUAUAGAAAAAUGUCAUAUUCAACCCUUUAAUGAGAACUGUGAAAUUAAUAACCAACGGCUGUGACUAAAUAAUCCCUACUCGACUUUUUAGGAUUGAGCGAUUUACGAAGAAACAGUUUACGUAGUUUACUACGUAUCACUAGAAUCAGUGAAAAGUGAAUUUGGACUCUUCUUCUUUAUCAUUUUGCGAUAAAGUUCGUAAAAGCUAGUAUUGUGUUAGUAUUAAUAGAAUAAUCUUUGAACACUAUGUUGCUAAGCAACCUAAACCAACUGUUAAUGAACUGUGUGGGGAAAUAUCUGGAUUGCACCGCAUCCAGUGGCUCCUAACUUUUUUCGUAAUUUUAUGAGCUUAUAUGAGCAACUUUAACGUCAUUGGCUUCAAUUUGUUAUAUUGUCUGUUUCUUAGCAAACUCACACUCCACAUUCGGUUCAUAUAGUGAACUAUGCUGUUUACUAGAUCACUACUAAAUCCCCAGUGCAUUCUGGGAGAUUGUGAUACCCUUAAAAAUUACAUUAGAAUUAAUUUUAUGACACCCUAGAAUGUAAAUAGGGAUUCAUUUUAGUCACAGCCAAUUAACAACAUUUACUCGUAUUAAAAAACAAUCUAACAAUAGAUAAAACUACAUGCUUGAACUGGAACAUUCUAGAAAUGUUACAAUUCUGUGUAUGUAUUACGGGAAAGUUAUACACAGCCAUCCCAAAAGUCAUGGGACACCAGUUUCUAAAUUAAAAAUCAUGAAGUGUUAUGUUAUGAAGAGACGCCCGCACCUGUAUAUAACCUGUAAGUUGUGAGGUGCUAUCUUGUGAGUGAGGUUAAAAAAAAAAAAAAAAAAAACAGCGUGGUCAGCGUGCUCAUGGCAAGGCGCUGAUAGGUGGGGGCCAGACAGAUGAGACAUUCCACAUUUGAAAAAUUAGUAAAAGAACGAACUGUACUGUGAAAUAUGGCGUAUGAAUUAUAGUCAUUUAUUCAUCUUAAAAAGAAUCAUAAAUAUUUUGAUUUAUUUUGUGUUCCUCUUGAGCUCCUGUGGUGUGAGAAAAGAGAGGCCUAAUCAGCAAAAACGAAGGGUAGAACAUCGUUACUUUGAUGUCUGCUUUGCUUUUCACUGUGCGACUAUGAAUAUGCAUAAAUAUGCACCCUUUAUUCACACACACCAAUCCCUUUAUUACGUGUCAGAAAUCCCUGAGAGAGAUAUGAACUAGAUAGAUAUAAAUGGCACAAACUUUAGCUUUUCUUCAUGUUUGAGAGGUAAUGGUUUGUGACAGUGUUCUCCUGGGAGGUGCUGCCCUCUGGUGGCUGAGAGAAACACUGUCUUAAUUCCUUCUAUCUGUUGUUGCUGGUUUAAAGAGGCUCUAAACAUCCAGAUUUUACAUUUAUCUGUCUCCACCCUCAGCUCGAAUUUGAAAAAUGAUCGGAGGAAUAGUUUGAGAGAGGCGCUGGGUGAUGUAUGGGUUUAAAGGAAGGGCAGAAGGGAGAGCUGAUUGGCUGAGUUGUAUCAUAGACUACAUUCACAGACUAUAGCAGGUAAAAGUGUCUCCAAUUUCUCAUUUUCUCACCAAAUUAGACUUGUUCAGUCUUUUCACACCUUUUAUUUUCAACCCCUUAACACUCUGAACCUUACUAUUACAUACUAAGGUGUUUUAUUCAUCCGUAUAUUAUUAUCCCAGCUAACAGAGAACGUUAUAAGAACGUUAAGUAACAUUUUAAAAAGGUUCCACAAAGGUUAGUCUGUAAUGUUACAGAAAAUGUUUGACACAGUAUUGGUUUGUCUUAUGGAAAUGUUAAAAGCAACAUUCCUCAAACUAUCAGGAACAUUACCAGAACAUUUUUUAAAAACCCUUAAUAAAAAUGUUCGAAGAAUAUCUAGAAAACAUGACCUUGAACAAUCUAAGAAUGUUAACAAUAAUGUUCAGAAAACGUUUGACACAAUAUUGGUUUGCCUUUUAGAAACAUUAAAAGCAACAUUCCCACAACUAAAAAUUAAAACAUUGACAUUUAAGUGAUAUUGCAUCGACGUUACCAGAACGUUUCUUUAAAAAAAUCUAUAAAAACGUACUAAAAACAUUUGAAAAACUUUUGACACAAUAUUGGGUUGCCUUUUAUUAACUUUAAAAGCAACAUUCCUAAAACAAAAAAUUAAAACAUUGACAUUGAAGGGAUGUUGCAGCAACGUUACCAGAAUGUUUCUUUAAAAACGCUUAACAAAACAUUUCUAAGAACAUUGAUAAAAUGUGACAGACUGAACGAUUUAAGAACAUAUAUCAUAAUGUUCAAAAAAAGGUUUGAUACAAUACUGGGUUGUCUGUUGGAAACUUUAAAAGUAAGAUUCCAAAAACUAAAAAUUAAAACGUAGACAUUGAAGUGAUGUUGCAUCGAUGUUACCCGAAUGUUCAAUAAAAAAGUUCUACAACAUCUAGAAAACGUGACAGAUUGAACGUUCUAAGAAUAUUAACAGAAAACAGACAAUUCAGAAAACGUUUGACACAACACUGGGUUGCCUUUUGGAAUCGUUAAAAGCAAUGUUCCCAAAACUAAAAAUUAAAACGUUGACACAAGUGACGUUGCAGGAUUGUAACAUAACAUUAAAAACAUUCUAAGAACAUUUAGAGAAUGUGACAGAUUGAAUGCUUUAAGAAUGUUAACAGUAACAUUCAAUAAAUGUUUGAUACAAUAUUGGGUUGCCUUUUGGAAACGUUAAAAGCAGCAAUCCCAAAACUAAAAAUGAAAGCAUUAACACUGAAGUGACGUUGCAGAAACAUUUAGAAAACGUUCUACUAAUGAAAAAUAGUUAGCUGGGUGUAAUUCUCAUCCUUAGCCCCGCCCUCACACACACACACACAUAGCAGCACUUCUCUGACCUGUCUUUUGACUGUUGUCACCUUAAUCAUGUGACUGUU